UCUUUUGAUAAUGUUUUUUGAUUCUCUCUUCUACUUAUGAAAACCCACAUGCUUAUAUUAUAUGUAAGAUCAUCGUACUUCCAAUUACAAAAAUACUUGAAAAUGAAGCAAUUGACUGUCCUUGGAAUCACAGCUCUCUCUAUCUCUCUUUUCCUACUUUCUGCACCAAGUAUAUAAUUGUCUAUGAUAUUGAAUCUAGCAAUUUGUUUUCCAAUAGCAACACCCCAUUUGCAUGAAUGCGAAUCCUUUCUUCUAAUCUUUGCUAGUCUCUCGACUUUGAUUAUACUACCUUAAUUCAUAUUCCAGCUUCUUUUUUUUUAUCUCAUAAGGCUUCUCUGCCUAGGGCUUUUCCCUUAAAUUUCAUCGAUUCCUUUCAUAACCCAAUUUCAUUCUCUCCUAAAAAAAAACUCUGUUCCCCUCUCAUACCGCACUAAUCUUGCUGUAAAAUAUCAGGAAAAUGGUACCUAACAAGCUUUCCUCCCCAGACUCCAGCUCGACUUGGACAGCCGAGAAAAACAAAUUGUUCGAAAAUGCUCUCGCAAUCUAUGAUCAGGAAACCCAUGACCGUUGGCACAAGAUAGCCAGGAUCGUUGGAGCGACAACUGAAGAGGAAGUGAAGAGGCAGUACGACAUCCUAGUACAUGACAUCAACUGCAUCGAGUCAGGCAAAGUUCCCCUUCCUAAAUACAGGAAAGUAGGAGAAAGCAACAUCAGCAAUCAUGAGAAGAGGCUGAAGAGUUUAAAGCUAUAAAGACGCUCUCCGGCAUUAGACGCAGCACCAAUUUCCUCAUGAAGUGGAUCUACCAUUAACUUAUAUUGUCCCCCCCUGUCACAUCCCUUUGUUUUUUCCUUCAACAUCUAAAUGCAGUGUAAUUUCCCCCCCCCCCCCCCAUUUCUUGCACAUGUAACAAAGGAAGAAUCAUCUCAUAUGCGAGCACUAACUUAUUUCUCAUCA